AUGAAACGAAAAGUAAGAGUAACAUCGAAAGGUCAACUUCUAACAGUGAAACGUUGGAAGCAUAACAAGAAGAACCAGGUGGCUUUCCCUUAUCCAGAAAACAAAGCUUGUUCAUUAUAUUUGUGUGAGACGAGGGAACCCAAGGGUGGAGAAGGACGCACGCCGAUCGAGCCUCUCUUUUCUUUAUCUGACGUGUACAUCAAGGUCCUUUUAUGCUCCCGAUUCGAUCGAAAACAAAUAUACAAUAAAAUUAUUCUACGUGUAAUAAACGUUCUCACUAAAGGCCAUAACAUUGGUAAAAAAGGGCAGAAUAAUCAACGUUCGAUCACCUCCAACUACGCUCCAAAAGCAUUUGCAUUUCACAUGUGAUCAAUAAGAUGAAUUAUCCCUCCGCCGUUACACGAUGUAUAAGAGAAAAACUGUGUAAGAAUAAACGUUUGUUUACAAUUCCGUAAAAGGAUAAGUCUUAAAAACCGAGAAAAUAAACAUACAAGUCCAUCAAGAACUCAAUUGUGACACUCCGCCGAAGUAGAAUAAAAGUUGUGGCAUUUCGUCGAAAUACUAAGAAAAAUAGAUUUUUACUUUUCUUCAAGAUUGAUCUCGAAAAAAUAGUACGAUGCUGAAGCUGCUUUCAAAUUCAAACAAAACAAUAACAAGGACGCUUUUCCGACCACCUGCUAAUAUUCCUUAUGGUGGAAUCCAUCGAAAAGACGGAGAACGUGUUGCUCAACAUGAGUUAUUGGUUGCACAAAGGAGGCUAAACUAUCAUCCGGGAAGAAAUGUAUGGAUUUUAAGACAAAAUUUUUAAAGUUAAUUUAGGGGUUUUAUAGUUUUACUGUGUAUAGUUUUUCAAAGUAGUUUAUUAGUUGUGGCAAGUUUUUUUAGGUAAGCGUUGUCUAUGACAGAGGCCAACUACUGUUGAAGGCUGAAUGUGACGGCAUUGUAUACAUUACGAAAGAGAAGGUUGACUUGAAGAUGGAUAACGAGCUAGUUCAUAGAAAUUAUUCUGACAGGAAUGUCGAAGGGCUGGAGAAGCUUCAUUUUAACGUUGUUCAGAAACGAAUGUCACAGAAAUUCAAACUUGUUUCUGAAGUUUAG